UAAAUAUGAUAAUAAGCCAAAAUAUAUUGCUGCUAAAUGGCUGCAGUUUCUCAGGUUGCAGACAUGUUAACCACGUCAUGUUAAGUAGCAAUCGCCUGCAUUAAACAACAGAGGCAGAUCAAGAGUGAAGACAUUCUCUUGCAGCUGCUUGGCAAUUUCCCAUGGACCUCCCUCUCUCUCUCUGUGACAAAAGGGCCUAGAUAGUAGAUACUGCGCACCGCUCUUUGCAUCCCUAACACUCACCUUCUCUUGGAAGAAAAGCAAAGGGAGGUCUAGAAGCAUGUUCUCGGUGUUUUCGAGCCUGGAAACUGUGUCAGGUACUGAACAAUGGUCUUCUGAUCAACUUGGUGCUGAGAAUUUGUAUGCCUUGCAAAAACUUGGAGGAAUUCUGCAUUGCAAUAAGAUGCAGAUCGCAGCACUCGAGUUACAGAGUUCUUCCUCGCCAAAAAACCUUCCAUUUUCCAAGCUUCUGAAGAGCCCUGCAAGUAUUUGUAAGCAUAAAGCUGGUGAUGGACUGAGGCUUUUGGAUGAGAUUGGAAAAGAUUUCAGAGGUACAGAUGCAAUGGAAGAACAGAGAAGAGAAAUGCUUAGAUUGAUGAAUGGAAAGAACCUGCUAACAGAAUCAAGGGCCGCGAGUUCAAACGAGCUAGUGGAAAUAUCGCCAAAGAAUUCUUCAAGAGAUCAAGCUUGCAGUGAUUCUUCUGAAGGCAAACAACUGAAACAAGUUUCAGAGGCCGGCAAGAUCAAGCAGCUAAGUAAACGAUUGAAGACUCUUGAAGAAGAAACUGAACCCAUGAAGCAAGAGUUUUUCCAGCACAUGGAAGAAAGAAAAAAACUGGUGGCUGAAAUAUACCAGCAGUUUCAGACAAUACACCAUUGUCUCCAAUUUGAAUAUCAAGAACUUGAAGAGGGAUCGCCUGAUGAUCUAUCUUCGAUUGUCGAAUUUCUCAAGAAAGCAGGAUUGGGACUGGCAGGGCAGAAUUCCUAUACUGAUAGUCAUCAAGAUCAUGCAUUGUCUGAAGAGGACAUGGAAAGAGUCGAAAGACUAUAAGGUGGCUGCAAGAAGCUGCUGAUGCAGAAUCAGAACCCAUUGUUUUCAAAAAAUUGAAUGAGAGGGCUGUGUAACUAACCACAUAUAACCCUUGCCUGCUUGAUAAUUCUUGAUGCAAGGAUUUGUAAUUGUUGCAUAAUAUAUAUAUGUUUUCGUCGGUGUUCUUCAAGAUACGACUUCCACUAAGUAUCUUACCUUUAGUGAUGUGGAAAGGGUACUGGGAGAGCAUAGCAUGAUGUGCACUUGAUCCUUUUCUUUCUCCUAUCAAAACUAUGUCGUUUUUGGAGUGUGAUUGUUCUCUCA